CUGCUCUGCUGGCGUCAGCAUCAUCCGCAGGCGGCACGGUGGCGAUCGAUCCGGCAGGAAAAUGUUCAAAGUGGAAUAUUUGGGGAAAAGCUCGACAUGCACAGGGAGAGAAACACGACCGUCGAGUCAGGAGACGACCAUGGGACCUGAUCACAAACCUGACGUCGAGCUCCUCUAAGAAACCAUCCACCCGCAGGACAACAUCUGAGACCAACUCAUCGCAAAAGCUGUCCCACUACCAGGAGCGGGAUGUGGAAACCAUAGCAACAGACGAGUCCUGUGUGUCCUGAGGAUGCCUCUGUGUUUUAUCAAAGCUGCAUCAAAGUGUGAAGCAUUAUCCAAGACUGGGCUUCUGCUGAGUCUGAGGGAGACGGGCUAUACCAUGGAUAUUGCCAUGGAAGACCAUCUGCUUGAGGACAAUGUAAUGACAACACCACAACAACAAUCAACAUGCACCUUCUUCUGGGCUGACCUCCCUCUAUAAAAGCUGCCAUGGCUUUUUGUAAUGAAAGCCUGCUGGAGGAGUGCAGCUUCCUGGGGCCGGACAAUGUGGAGGAAAGUCUCCCUUCAGAAGCUGCUACUCCCCUCAUAUCGGUCACUCUCCGUGUGACCCUGGCCGCCAUAAUGAUCUUCAUGAUCACCAUCGGAUUCCUCGGCAACGCGAUCGUGUGUCUGAUUGUUUACCAGAAACCCGCCAUGCGUUCUGCCAUCAACCUCCUCCUCGCCACGUUGGCUUUCUCGGACAUCAUGCUCUCCCUGCUCUGCAUGCCCUUCACUGCGGUCACAGUUGCCACUGCCGACUGGAGCUUUGGAAGCGGGUUCUGCCGGGCGUCCAUCAUGCUGUACUGGCUGUUCGUCCUGGAGGGGGUGUCCAUACUCCUGAUCAUCAGUGUGGAUCGUUUCCUCAUCAUCGUGCAGCGGCAGGACAAGCUGACCCCCCACAGAGCUAAACUGUUGAUCGCAGGUUCUUGGCUUCUGAGCCUGUGUGUGUCCCUGCCCUCUGUAAUCGGUUGGAGGACCAGUGCGGCGGGUAUUGGGGGACCCUGGGCGCCGCAGUGUGUGCUGGGAUACAGUGAUUCCCUGGCAGACCGUGGAUACACAGUGCUGUUGGCUGUAGCAGUAUUCUUUGUCCCGUUUGCUGUCAUGCUCUACUCUUACUUGUGCAUCCUCAACACGGUGCGCCGAAACACCCUGCGCAUCCACAAUCACACCAGUGAGCACUCCUGCCUGCCAGCCCUCAACCAGGUCAGCAAAAUGAGGCUCACCGGGCUGCAGCGGCCCCCUCAGAUCAAGGUGGACAUGAGUUUCAAGACCAGAGCCUUCACCACCAUCCUCAUCCUCUUUGUGGGCUUCUCUGUGUGCUGGUUGCCGCACACGGUGGUCAGCUUGCUGGCGGUGUUCAGCCGGCAGUUCUACUACAGCUCUGUGUUUUACCCGAUCAGCAUAGGCGCUCUGUGGCUCAGCUACUUGAAGACGGUUUUCAACCCCGUCAUCUACUGCUGGAGGAUCAGGAAGUUCAGGGAGGCCUGUCAGGAGUUUAUACCCAAGAGCUGCAGACUGUGUCCCAGGGUGCCAGGCAGGAGCCGCAGGAGGGUGAGGCCCAGCAACACCUACGUGUGCAGCGAGACUCAGUCGGCUGUGUGAAUACAGAAGGCGCUGACACCAACAUGAACUGUUUUUAACUCCUACUUUUCCUCACAAGAAAGUGGUGCAGUGAUGACCCGAAAGUUAGCAUUGCAAGGGUUUCCUCUACCAAAAGCGAUUGCUGCAGUAACAACUAUUCUACCUUGGUUCCGCAUAAAUGAUAAGACAUUAAAACAUCAGAUUUAGGAGAAUAGAGUGGUGCAGGGAUUAAGUAUUUUUAUAGGUAGACCCAGAAGUUAGCAUCACAAGAGUUCCCUCGACAAAAAGUUAAGGUUUUUGUACAUUGCAAAAAAUAAGUUCUGUGGCAAACACACGUUUGUAAUGCUCAACACGAUGUUAAGAAGAUUUUUGAAGCGUAACUGCAACCGCCAGAAGUAGAACGCUCUCAGUAUGCUGUUUUUAAGACACAUAGAUGCUCCGGACAUUCACAGGUGGGGUUUCUACUGAAGUAUUUAUGUCUUAGUACAAAACAUGAAAAUCUUGUGUGUUUGUGUUAACCACAGACCUUAUUUCAGGCCUUUAACCAAAACAAAAAAGAACCGUUAAUUUCCACACAAAGGAACCUGCAGUACUGUGCUAUGUCAUUGCCAGGUUUUAGGAGUUGUUCCUGUACUACUCAUUAAGCAAUCAGAGCUAACCUCUAAAGAAUACACUGGUUAUUGACUCAAUAAUCUCACAGCAAGAAUUAUAUUUCUCCUUUAAUUUUCGGUGUGUGAUCACAGAAAUCAAUAUUUGAACAACUCGAUGACAAUUGGACAUCCACUAAGGAAGGUCAUGUGAUUUAAUGGAAAGCUCCAAAAGUUGUUAUUAUUAAUGUUUCUUAAACCUUACUGCCAUCCAAACUGUUUUAUAUCCUUCAUUGUCAAUUGACCUUUGUUUCCGAGUUUGUCACUUCAGUGUUUCAUGAAUGUUAUCCUGUUUCUUCCGACUGUAGACUCAAUCUUCAGGCUUUGGAUAGUAGUUGUGAUAAUAAUUAUCUCGUGAGUUAUGUGAUGGAUUUCACACAAAGAAAAACAUACAGGGUAUUGAUGUUCAGUGACGUUUUCAAGGGACCGUCUGUAAGCUUUACAACUGAGGUGUUGUUUAAAAAAUACAUUAUUUAAAAUGAUAUCUGUGCAGAAACACAACCUCCUGUGAUUUGAAAUUGUAAUUUAAAACCAUGAGUGUGUAAACAAAGACGUGUGCCAGUUUUUGAGCUGUGAAUGUUUACUUGAAUGUAUCAUCUUUCCAUGAAUAACAAAAACCAGGUAAAUAAAUGCAAUUUUGAAAAGA